AUGACCACGAAUACCCUCAACCUUGCCGGAUCAGGAUGCGCACAGGGCUCCUCAAUGGAUAAGAGUCGCUCGAUUCCGUCCCCUGCAGAUGUACCUGUAUAUGCCUCGCCACCACAACCGACGUGGUUGGGCGAGCGGCGGAUGCAGCGAAAAUUUGCAUCGGGCACCUCCGAUGCAAUGCGGGCAGUUCCUGCGCUUAUCAAUGGCCGUCGGAUCCGCGUUAUCAGCCCUUUACUCGAUCAAAACUGUCGGCUUUUGCUUCUUACUCGAUGGAAACCACCUCUGUCGGCUGAGAGACGUUUCAUCUCCGACAAGCGUAGACGCCACUCAUCUAAGGUGGACUCUGGAGUUCUCAUCGAGUAA